GGCAUUCAAAGAAUAGGCGGUGAUCAAGAACUACAAGCGGUCAGAAUAAUAUGCGAACAGAUCAUGAAGAACUUUGUGGCAGCGGUUAUGGAUCUUUUUGUCUGAAUGGUGGGAUUUGUUACACGAUACCUGCCAUUUCCAGUCCCUUUUGCAGGUGUGUUGAAAAUUAUACAGGAAAUCGUUGUGAGGAAAUUUUACUACCGAGCAUCAAGAGCCAUCCAAGAGGUGAACUGUUUGCAGCUGUUUUAGCUUCAGUUGUCAUCCUAAGUGUCCUGGUCGCUGGUGCAUUCUUCUUUCUUUGCAGGAAGGGCCAGAUUCCACGGACCAGUUCCAUAGAGCGUGGCAACAACCUGAUUGAAGGGAACAGCAGCGAUGGUUGCAACAAUAACUGAAUAAAGCAAUCAAAACAAGAAAUUAUGGAACAGCAACAAGCAAAACAGCCAUAGAAAAGCAGAAACAAUGUUGGAGAAUAUGAUAAGAAGACUGAACAGAGAAGACAAGGAAUCCAUAACACUGUUCCCAGAACCACAAGACAGAAAAACCAGUAGGAGAACACUUCAAUCUCCCAGGACAUUCUAUACAAGAUCUCAAAGCAGCCGUUUUAUUACAGAAAAAUUUCAGGAACAGACUGGAAAGAGAAGUUGCUGAAUUGGAACUCAUUACCAAGCUUAAAACCAUGGAGCCACCUGGGAUGAAUAAAGACAUUGGAUUCUUAUCUCAUUAUGCAUGAUCAAGCUUUCUUUAGCGCCUCAGCCCUUGCUUUUUUCCCGCAGGACCA